AUGGCCACCAAUCCCCAGCAGCAACCACCGCCGCCGCCCCCGCCGCCGCCCCCUCAGCAGCCUCCGCCGCUGCCGGGUGCUGGGGCCGCCGUGGGGGGCGGUGCGGCCGAGCCCGAGCUAGUCUCCAUGAUCGUCAACCACCUCAAGAGCCAGGGGCUUUUCGACCAGUUCCGCCGCGACUGCCUGGCCGACGUGGACACCAAGCCCGCCUACCAGAAUCUGAGACAACGCGUUGACAACUUUGUUUCCAAUCAUUUGGCCACUCAUACCUGGAGUCCUCAUCUCAACAAGAACCAGCUGAGAAAUAACAUUAGGCAGCAGGUUCUCAAGUCUGGAAUGUUGGAGUCUGGAAUUGAGAGAAUAAUUUCUCAGGUUGUGGAUCCAAAGAUCAACCACACAUUUCGACCUCAGGUGGAAAAAGCUGUCCAUGAAUUUUUAGCCACAUUGAAUCACAAAGAGGUGGCAGGCCCCAGUACAGCUUCAAGUGAGGAGAAAACAGAUGCUUCUAUUACAGUACAAGGUGUCUCUGGUACAGCUCCUAGUGGGAACGUAGCUAAUGAUGCAAUGUCCAUUUUGGAAACAAUAACUUCUCUUAACCAAGAAGCAAGUGCUGCCCGGGCUUCAACAGAGAACUCAAAUACCAAGAACAAUGACAGAGUUGCAAAAAGACUCUCAUCUCAGCACAGUGUGGAUGGUAGCACUGAUAGAGAGAAAAAUGUGGAGGACUUGUCAGACAGAGAGAGAGCAAUGUAUGAUCCUUCUGGAGAAGGGGCUGAAACAUUUGCAAGGUGUGAAGAUUUAAAUGAACUUUCUUGCCAAAGCGAGGAAAUAAAAAAUUCAGCAAAGGAUACUAAUAAUUUGACUUUUAUAAGUAAAGAAAAUCAUCAGGAAAGUGAUGAUCAAAAGAGUAAAUUAUUAUUAGAUAAAUGGGACAAGAAAAUAGAAAGCAGUGAAAAAGGUGAAAGAAGAAAAGAAAAGAAGGAAAGACUUGACAGGAAGUCUGACCAUUCAAAGAAAAGUGAUGAUACUACAAAGUCAAAAGAAGAAAAGCAAUCAAGAGAGUUGGAACCAGUGAAGCAGUUAGCUCCUGAGAGAAACAGCAAUAAACAUAGAACAACUGAAAGCAUGAAAGAAGAAAAUACAUCAAUAGAUUCAGAUAUGGAUGUACUCAGUGACAUCACUGUCAGCUCUGUCCAUACCAGUGACCUUUCUUCCUUUGAAGAGGAGAGUGAAGAGGAGACUGUAAUUUCUGACAGUACUGAAGAGGGAGAGAUCACGUCAGAUGAUGAGGAGGAGAAGAACAGUCACAGUAAGACAAAGCCUCAUGGUAAUGAUCUGAGUGAUGGGAAAGCCAAGCCCGUUCGUCACGCGUACGUUCGCAAGCCUUUCCUGUACUCCAAAUACUUCAGCGAUUCUGAUGAUGAACGAACUGUAGAGCAGCGCCGUCAGUCCAUUGCCAAAGAAAAAGAAGAGAGACUCCUACGAAGACAGAUUAACAGAGAGAGGCUUGAAGAAAAACGUAAACAGAAGGCUGCAGAAAAAACAAAGUCCCUAAAAAAUGGAAAUCAGAAUGCUAAAGGAAAGAGCGGCUUAAACUUAGAAGAACUUUCAUCAAGAAGCCUUGAGUCAAAAGCUACUGGCACCAGCAUUAAGGACGUACUCAAAGAACAGAAAUUUUUAGAAAAAAAAGUAGCCUUGAGCAGAAAAAGAAAAAGAGAUUCAAGGCAUGCUGAAGACAGCUGCAAAAAGAAAUAUGAGCCAUCUGAAGAAGAUUCUAAAGAAAUGAAGAAGGCAAAUGAGACUUGUGAGAAAAAUUCUUCCAAAGAACUGAAGCAUAAUCAUGGGAAAAGUGAAACCUCCAAACAGCUUAGAAGACUUUCAGAGUCGGUGCAUUCAACAGAGGAAAGCAAAAGUGAUUUGAAGGCAGAAAAAGAACAUAAAAGAAAAACCUCCACCUCUCUUCAGGGUGAAGGAGCCCAGCAGGACAGUGAAACAAGGGAUCCAAAAAGACAACCGGAUAGAGUAGAAGUCAAUAGUGAAGAACUACAGAAGCAGAAAUCCAUAUUUAAAAGUGAAAAACACCCUAAAAAAGAUAGUGAUGCAGAAAUUCAACAUGUGAGAAAUGCUGCCAAAAAAGAAUCCAAGUCUUACAGAGAUAAAAAUGAUAAGGAAAGAACUGCUUCAGAAGAUAAACUUUCUUUAAAGCACAAACAUAAAGGAGAUGGUCUUCACAAAUCAAGUGAAGAUGCUGAACUCCAUUCAUUUGAGAAGAGUUUGAAAGGUGAGGAUAGUGGUCAGAAACAUAAUCAACAAAUAAAGGUUUCAGAUGACAAAUCUGAAAGAAAAAGUAAACACCGAAGCGAACGGAAAAUAUCAGUAACAGGAAAAGAUGGGAAAAAUAUUUCUGAAUCAACCCUAAAAGCUGAAGAAUUGCUGCGUAAGGAAACAAAAAAAGACAGACAUCUCUCAACAGAAAAAUCAAGAUCAGAAUAUAAGUCCAAAAGAUCCCUGAGUGAUUCUAGGCCUCAAAAGGAUUCCCUAAGUGCCUCAAAGCAGCUUGCUUCUGCAUCACACAGAAGAAGCGAAAGCUACUCAGAAGAUAAACAUGAAAUAGAAUCAACUAACUCUGAUAGUAAUUUGAAACAAGAAGAUGGUGUUCAUAAAGAUAGACGAAGAUCUAAGAGCCUUAUAGAAGACAAGAUUUUGUUGAAGUCUAAGUCAAAGAGUCAUAGUAAACAAGUCAAAGCAUCUGAAACAGAAUUACAGGAAAAAAUAACAAAACAAGAGACUGGUCAGAAACUAGACAAAGAUAAGAGCGUGGAGGAGAAUGAUUCCGAUAAGCAACACAAAUCCAAGAGUGAAGACAAGGUUGUUGAGGAGAGUAGUGCUGAGUUUGAGAUUGUAAGUGGCACACAGUCAACUCAGGGAUCACAAAAAGACUUCAGUCACAAAGUUAAGUUACAUUCUAGCGAAAAAGGAUCUGUAAAAGAGAAAUACAGAGGAGGCAAAGAUUCAGGUAAUUCCAAACUUGAAAGAAGGUUCUCUGCUGAAGGUCACAAAAGCAGAAACUUAAAGCACAGCAACAAGGAAAUCAAGAAGAAGGAAGAGCAUGUCAAAUCAGAAAAUAAAGGUAUUAAAGAAAUUGACAGUGGGCAUGAAAAGGUAUUGAGCAUUCCAGUGGCAGUGGAUAAAAAGCAAAGUAAGAAGAUACCCUGUGAAAAUAGAAAAGGCAGCAUGUCGAACCAAGCUUUACUUGGAGAGGAAAAGCAGUCAGCUAGCACAGCUACUAACAGCCGUGCUCCACCCCCUCAAAGGUCAAGUAUGAAUAAUGAUGACUUGCAUUCUGUUCAUGAGGAAGAGCUGAUGGAGCUUGAUUUGAAACGAACAAAAGUACAGGUAGCACCUAACAUCGAAAGGAAGAACAUUCAAAACUCAGUCCCAGCCACAGACGCCAAGUUUGCAGCAAAUUCAAAUAAGAAGUUAAAACACAGCUUGGCAGAUGCUGAAGGUUGUGAAUCACAAUUUCCACCUACAGCUAAAAAAACUGUUAAACAAGAAGAUAUCUCUUAUAAACAAGUUGGUGCCUUAAACGUUUUGUCCAAGCAAGCUUCCAUGGAUCAAGGAUCCAAUAAACAAGGGGCUUACAAAGCAAGCAUUGCAUACGAAACAAAUGAUAGAUUCUUACGGAAUGUUCCCAGUAAGGAUCAAGCUCCACAAAAUAGCAGAAGACCAAAGAAUUUAAAAACUGUGAUAAAUUCUAAUUCAGAUGAUGUUCCUUUAGCAAUUAAUUCUUCCAGAGAAGAUGCUGCUGAUGCAAAGUCUGUGGAUAUGGAUAUCUCAGAUUUUACAGAUUCUUUUGAUAGUAUGUCUAAAGAAUACCAUAAUUCAGAUGGGACUUCUCCAUUGGAAGAUACUUGCAUUUUGAAGAGUGAUGCAGUGCAGGUUGCAUACAUGGCACAGCAAGAGAGUGUGGUGCUGAAUUCUAUCAUGAAAGAUGAUGGUGGCAGCACCUCUACGACACACAGUAUAGAAAAAGAUAAUGAGGUGCCUCAACCUGAUGAACAAGCAAUGGAAGACAGUCAAGAAGAUUACAAUGAAGCAGCAAAGUCAGAAAGCACUCAGGGAAGAGAUUUGAAAAUAAAAGACUUGAUGACUGACGUAACUGAAGAUUGUGGAGAUGUUACAACAAAAGAACUUCUAAAAAAAAGAGGGUGUUUGAAUACUAAUCCUUCCACAAAGGAAGAAAAGUGCACAAUGGUGGAUAAUGUGGAAAAGAGUGAGGGGCAUGAUAUUGAUGAUAUGAUAGAGUCUUCCUCUGUCUUAGUGCCUGAAAGAAUUCCUGAGGAAACAGUUGAAGGCUCUUUUGUAGCCAGUGGGCAAGAAGGGAAUGCUGUGCUUGGCAUGGACGAUAAAAAUGAAAGCAAUGCAGUAGGCACCAGUGCAGGAAAUAGUAAACCUAGUUUGUCAUGCAGCAGCCUGCAAACAAGUCCAGCCACUGUGAUAGGAACUAGCAUGGAAAAGAUCAUUGAGAGCACUGUAAUAGCCACUAGCACAGGAGGAGAAAGAGCUGAGGGUGCUUCACAUUCUGAAAAGGACAGUGAUGCUACAACCACUUGCUCAGAAGAAGAAAGUGAGGUGACUGUAUUCUGCACAAGCAUAGAAGCUGAUGAAGGUUACACAACAGGCAUAUGGGUAAAAAGCAGCGAGGGUGGCAGUUGCAUCACAGGUACAGAUGUUGGUGAAUGUACUGUUGCUGCAGCUGAAGAAAGUGGGGGUGGUGGUGUCGUCACUGAAGGAUUAGCAGAAAGUGAAAGUUUCCUAACAAGUACAAAAGGAGAAGAAAAUGGUGACUGUGCCAUGGUUGAUGCAGAAGAAAGUGGUAAGGAUUCAGUCAAUGCAAGUGGAGUAGAAACUGAAGACAGUGUCAACAGUGCUGGAGCAGAAGAAAAAGACGAUGCUGUGACUAGUGCAGGCUCUGAAGAAAAGCGAAAGACCUUAGCUUGUGUAGAUGCAGGCAAAUUUGAAAGUCCUGUAUCCUGCUUGGGUGAAGUGGAGAGCGAUGGAGCUGUAACUAGUGCAGGGACAGAAACAGGUGAAGGGUCAACAAGUGGUGACAGUCCAGGUGAAUUUAGGGGCAGUGUGAGAGCUGGCCGGGUUAAGGAACAUGAAAGUACUGUGACUUGCACAGGUGCAGAAGAAAGAGGUCAUAACUUCAUCAUCUGCUCAGUGACUGGUACUGAUGCCCAAGGAGAAAGCACUGUAACUGGUGCAUGUAUUGCAAUGGUAGCAAACAAUAGUGCCACAACUGGAACUAGUGGGGACAAAUCUGAGGAUACUGUCAAUGGUGAAAGUGCAGUGACCAGCACAGGCAUAAGCCCAGAAGAUGAUGCUGAAAUUUCAGUUGUCUGCACAGGUCUAGAAGACAGCAAUGAGGGGUUUGCAGUUUGUUUACAAGCUGAAAAAUGUGAAAGUCUUAUGGACAGUAGAAGGGCAGAAGAAGAAGCCAGUAUCACUACGGUCAGUGUAGGCCUGUAUGAUGAUGAAGGUUUUGUGACUAGUACAGGUUCAAAAGAAGAGGAUGAAGAAGGUGAGGGCAUUGUGACCAGUACAGGAAGAGGAAAUGAAGAAAAUGAGCAUGCUUCUACUUGUACAGCAGCGGAAAGUGAAAAUGCACUGAUUUGUAUAGGUGCAGAAGACAGUGAAAGUUCUGUUAUCUGCAUAGUUGCUGAACAAAUGGAAGCUGAGUCAGGAGUGGCUGGCACAAACCCAAAUAAGCUUACUGUGGACAGUAUGACGAGUGCAGAGCAAGAAGCUAAUUGUGGCACAAACCACAAAAGUGAUAAAGGGAUUGUUGAAAGCAGCGUAACCAGUGCAAGUGCUGCAGAUGAGGGUGCCUUCACUGCCUGUGUAGGAACACAUGAAGGUACCUUGAUUGCCUUAGACGCUGAGGAAUGUGAGGGUCCCAUGACUAGUGCUAUGGCUUUGCAAGAGAAGAGUCAGUCUGGUGCUGAGGGUGAACAUGAGAACUCCAUGACUUCCUUUGACAGCAGAGAAUCUGAUGCUUCUAUAAGCAGUGCAGUUCCAAAGGAAAACGAUUCUCUUAUUCCUGUUGACGGAGAAGAAAAAGUAAAAGGUGAUAUCAUCUCCACCAGCACAGCAGAAGAAAGUGAUGCUCCCCUACAUUCAGCCAUGGAUGCUGAAGAAGGUCCACUUGCUGCUGCAAGAGCAGGUGAAAGUGGGGAAAGCUCUAUGAUUUUAAUGGACACUGAAGACACAGAGGUGCCUAUGCCCAGUACGGCCGCAGAGUUUAAAGAAUGUGUACAUACUUUCAGCAGUAAGCAAGAGAAAGAUGAGUGCACUAUGAUUUCCACCAGUAUUGUGGAAGAGUUUGAGGCUCCUAUGUCAAGUGCAGCUAUUGAAUAUGAUGGUCAGCUCCACUCCGUGAAAGCAGAAGAAAUAAAUGAGAAUGCUAUGGUUUCUGUAGAUAUGGAAGUGUAUGAGGUCCCCAUGCCUAGUGAAUCCAGUGCAGGAGGAGAUGAUAAUGAUGAUGAAAGUCACCCAACCGCUAGCGGUAAGGAAGAAAAAGAUGAGUGUGCUAUGAUUUCCACAAGUGUUACGGAAGAACAAGUGAUCCUAAUGGCAGGAGGAGUCACAGAGGAGGUGAUUCAACAUGUGUCAGACACAGAGUCAAAAAAUGAGACAGUAAUGAUCUCUACAAGUACAGCAGAAUGUUCUGAAGCUCCAAUGUCCAGCGUAGCUAUGCAAGAUGAAAACAAACUCCCUGCUGCAGAAACAGAAGGAAGAUACGAAGGUGCUAUGAUCACCACAAGCAUGACAGAAGAAUGUGAGAUAGUUUUGAUCAGUGCAGAACCACAAGCUGAAAGUCAGCUUGUUGUAGCAGGAGAUGAAGAUGCUGUUGCCGCUCCAAACGCAUCAGAGGAAUGUAAGAUUGUAGAGACCACUGCCACUGUAGAUGAACAGUUUGGACUAGCUGCUUUCAAUGCAGAUGCAAAAAGCAAAGAUUCUGUGAUUUUUGUGGGAGAAUGUGGAACUCCUGUGCUGAGAGUUGCCACCAACAGUGAAGAUGAACACACUGCUUCAAGUAUAGAAGAUAAGGAGGGAGCAGUGAUCACUCUGAGUACAAUGGAAGAAUGUGAUAGUCUCUUCACCUUUACAGUCAUAGAAGAAAGUCAGCUUGCUGCUGAGAGUACAGAAGUAAAAGACAAAAAUGAGGAAAUGUUUGAUACUGCUAACCAAGUUGAAUGUAUCCUAUCAACUACAGGCCCAGCAAAAAGCAGUAAUUCUUUGGUUGUCAUUGAUGGAGAGAGCGAGACCCAUGGCAGUGGAGUAAGGGAAGAACCAGCAGCAUCUCAGACCACAGCAGACAGUGAAAUCACAGAAACAGAUGACAAUUCAGUGAACCUCAUGAGUGUAGAUGAAGCCCUUUGUGUGGAGAUUAGUACAGAGACUGCUAUGAGUCCAAGUCCUUCCUCAGAGGCCAACGAGGAUGAUCAGCAAGCUGAAGAUGUUUUGCGUGAGAAUGUUACAUCAGAACUCUCUUCUGUAGUCUCAGAAGCAGCAGUGGAGAGUGAAACUCUAAGGAACGUAAACCGUAAAUUUAACUCAGACUUGCUUUUAGAAAGUGACUUUUCUGAACGAAGGACUCCCUUGCCUAGCACACAGGCUCUUGCCUUAGUUUCUGCAACUGAAGGGACUGUAAAUACCAACCAUGGUGAAGUGACAACAGAGGCAGAAUUAGGCGAAAAAAGUGACUUGCCUUUGCAUGUAGAAGAGCUAUAUGGCAGCAAAGACAAAACGAACUUGGUCAAAGUAGAUGAUAGUAGAGUUACUUUUCAAAAAAGUAACGCAGCCUUGAAUUCAGGCAAUAAUGCAGCUUUACCAAAGUUGGCAGAAGAACUAGAAUUUGAAAGUAACUUGAAAACCAACAAGCCACAGCAGCCUGAAAGUCCAAGAAGUGAAGAGGAGGGAUAUGUGGAUCUUCAUACUAAAGAGUUUCAAAAAGAUUUGCUGCAGAAGAACGCUGCUUUAGAAAAAGAAACUUUACAUGGGGAAGACAUGGAUCCCCAGAUAACUGAAGAACAUAGAUCUAGAGCAAUACAAUGUAAAUCUUCAGGAACAAUGCAUAAAGACCAAUGCAACCAGCUGACUUCUCAGGAUAUGAGAAAAGAUGAUGAACAAAGUCAGUGUUCCAAAACAAAACCUGAUAACAUCAAGGAAGUCAUAUCAGAUGGUAGAGCAGAAGUGUCCAAAGAAAUGGAUGUAAAGCAUACACCUCCUAAAAGGACUCUGGAAGAAAAAGAUGACUUUACCAUCAACCAGGAAACAUCAGAAAAGGACAGGCAUGCUGUAGAAUCAAAUGAAAAUUCACCAGAGGGAAAUCAGCCCAUAAUAGUGAAACGGAAAAGGGGAAGGCCUCGCAAAUACCCUCUCGAAGCUGUACAGCCUGGUGGUGGGGAGUCAAAAGCUGAUAUCAGCACUGGGAAUCUGCAGCUUCCUGUAUUUGCAAGUAGAAAAACACCUCAAGCAGGUACAGACAUAUCUAAUAAGAAAGAAACAACAAAUGAAGAUGAUGCUGAGAAGGCAGAGAUGAUUGUGCGUAAAAGGGGAAGGAAGCCCAGGCGUGCUCUGCUUCAAUCAGAGGAAACUGAAACACUGGAGCCAGAAAGAAAGCGGCAGAAAUUAACAUCUUCUGAAGAUGAACUCAAAGAGCAGGAGGAAGGCGAGGAAGAAGACGGUGAGGAAGAUGAUGAAGCACAUUCCGGAGCCACAACUAGAUCAGCCACAAGAUUAGAGGCUCAGAGAAAGCAGCCCAGCAAGCCAACCACACGUGCAACUUCUAAAGGCAGCAGUCCAAGUUCAGUUUCUCCCAGAAAACGACAGAACCUAGCAGCAAAAAAAAGAUCUCCAAGUGAUACAAAAAUGAAUAAAUCUGCUCCAUUGACACAGUUAAAGGUGCAGUCUAUCAAGCGUAAAAGGGAAGAGAGUCCAACAGUGGUACGGAGAAAAGGCCAGCAGAAAACAGAGGAGACACCAGUAAAGAAAGCAAAACGAUAAUCUCUACCAGAUAGUACUGUUCAUGGCAGAGUCAAGAGAGUCAAAACAACCACAAACAUCUGUGCUUCUAUUUUUAUUUCAUUUUGUAAAGCAAAGGGAUUUGCACGUGCUUGUUUCAGAGCUCUAAGUUAAUCAAUGCAGUACUUUUAAGUUCCAUUUUAAACAGCUUUAUAAACUAUUGUUUAUACAGAAUAUUAUGUACAUUUAUUUCAGAUGAAAAAGAAUAAGUUUACUUUGUAUCAGAAUGAGAAAAAAAAAAAACAAAGCAAAGGAAAAAAAAGAAAGUAAUUAUAUAUUUUAUCACUGAUUUGGAAAGUUGGGGUUUCCCAAUUGACAUGCUAAUGCAGAUGCUUCCAACCCAUGAGGCCACCCCAUGGGCCUCCUAAUACACUUUGUAUAUAAACUUGUAAAAAUAGGUUGUAUUUUACUCUGUGUAUGAAUCUAAUCAACGAUGGACAUUUUAUUUAUUAUAUGGAAGGCAUUGGUCUGUAAACUUUAGUAUAUACCUUAGGUUUUUUUAAUUAUAUAUUUUACAUUCUAUGCAGAUGUCAGUAGGAAACUUCCCCUCUGCUCCCCCAGGGUGUCUAAAAACCUGAAGUUCUCUGAAAGAUUCUCAGACAGUUGGUAUUUUUCUCGCAUGCAUUGAAGUAGUUUAGCAUAGUGAAAGGGACUUGGUUCCUUUCUGGUCACAUUUGUGACAAAGUAUAUUAAA